AUGAAUUCUGUCAUCUUUUUCCUGAAAACUUACCAAUGUUCAACUCAUGAAGUAAAGUUUAGUGAGGAAAACUUCCAUCAAAGAUUACCAGAACAUGCUCAACCAACAAUUCCAUUUCCUAACGUGCCCAAUAUUGACGUGAAACCUGUCGAGCAUUUCUUGAAAGCUGUAGAUGAAAUUACGGCAAAGGAUAUUGCUUCCACAGCACAGAAGCUUUUGUCAUCUCCCCUCACGAUGGCAUCUUAUGGAGAUGUUCUUUACGUACCAAGCUAUGAUGCGGUCAGCAGCAGGUUCCAUUCAAAAUGA